AUGAGAUACCAAACAUGUAUUACACUAAGGAACCUUUUGACGUUUACAAAAUUACAUGGAGUCCAACAAAAUGGCAAAAACCGGUUGCUGCCCAGUAUCGUUCGAAAAUAUAGCAAAACAUCAAACCUUAACUUGCCACAAUCAGCCACCUUAUUGCAAAACGAUGCCCGAGGCACCGUCGUUUUACUUGGAACAGUUCAUUUUAGUAAACAAUCAGUGGAGGAUGUGACUCAGAUAGUAAAAGGGCUUGAUCCAAAUGGAAUAAUGAUUGAGCUCUGCCGGCAAAGAGUAUCUCUUCUAGAAUUAGACGACAAAAAAUUCUUGGAAGACGCAAAAAACUUUGAUGCGAAAAAAAUAAGACAAGCAGUAAAGGGUCAAAAUUUUGUAUCUGGCAUGUUGCAUGCUAUGUUAUUGAAGACUUAUGCUGACAUUGCCAAAGAAUUAGGAGUCGCUCCUGGCGGGGAAUUCAGAAGAGCAUAUCAUGAGAUGAAAAAUAUACCUGGCUGCAAGUUAUUCCUUGGUGACAGACCAAUUCAAAUCACGAUUGCAAGAGCUUUUCAAUCGCUUAGUGUUAUAGAACUGGGUCAGGUCUUAUAUCACUUGACCAACGCCAAACCAAAACCAAUUGAUAAACAGCAAUUAGAAAAAUACAAAGACCGAGAUUUUGUGCACGCGCAAUUUGAGGAGAUUACUCGAGAUGUGCCGGCUUUUAAGAAAAUAUUUCACGUCUUUGUCGAUGAAAGGGACAAAUGUCUUGCGUAUUCGUUGCAAGAGUGUGUGCGUACUGUUGAAAAACCUCGCGUUUUAGCGGUAGUAGGGAUGGGACACGUUGACGGCAUUAUUAAAUAUUACGGAAAAAUGAAACAGGAAGAUAUCGUACCCUUAUUAUUGGUCCCCCCCACACCCUUGCAUAGGAUAAUUCUGAGGACUGGCCUAAGAUUCUCAUUUUAUUUUUUGAUAUUUUCACUUUUGUACCGAUUAAUAUUUGGUUAA